AUGAUUGAAUUAUCAACUACAUCACCAGCAUAUAAUGCUAUGGUUUCAUAUGAAAAUCAAACCUCAAAAGCAAGUUCAAAUACAAUCAUAGUUUAUAAACCAAUAUCAGAUCAUAUUGUAUUGGAUGGUAUGGUUUUAACAGAAGAUGAAAUUCAACAACGUCAAAGAGAAAAAACAGAAACAUUAAUGUAUUCAACAAAAGAUGCUGUAACAAUUGAUUCAAUAUUUAAACAUAUUGUAAAUAAUCAAAUUAAUAUAAUUCAUGAAUUUUAUAAAUUUAUUGAAAAAGAUCAAUAUGAAUCAAUGUCAAAAUUAAUUAUUACAUUUUCAAUUGGAUGUAAUAAUGCAUUAAGAAUAUUAAGAUAUUUUAUAUAUACAGAUAUUAAAGAGGAUGUUAAUAAUAUUAAUAGAAAUUAUUCAUUUUCAUCAUUGUUAAUAUCAAAUUAUUUGGAGAAAACAUGUCAACAAUAUAUAAAGGAUGUAUUGAGACAAUUUGUAUUACAAUUAGUUCAAGAUAAAGCAAUAAAUUUUAAAUAUGAUUUAGAGAAUUCAGAGAAUGUGGUGAUUCAUAAUGAAUUUAGUAAUUUAAUAGUGUGGAGUAAUCGAUUGAGUGAGAUCAUCACUAGUCAAGAAUCAUUGGAUAAAAUGCCAAUGUCGAUUAAAGUGAUUGCAAUGUUUUUCCAUGAAAUAUGGCCACAAGAUGAUCAAGGUGGUCAAGGUGUUUCCAAUUUCUUGAUUAAUAAAUUAUUUGUACCAGCAUUGAUUUCACCACAACUCUAUGACUUGAUACCACCGCAAAUUCAUUUAAAUAGUAGAUCAACAUCCAAUUUAUCAAUACUUGCAAGAUACUUGUCAACUUGUAUUACAACUUAUUCAUCUGAUGAAUAUCAAGAAGUAUUCGAUUGUAAUCAAUCAUUGUUACAAUGUAAACAAAAAAUAAAACAAACUUUUAAAGAGAGUCAAUAUUUUAAAUCUGUAUUAUCAGCUAGGUUCUCUACACAAUCUUAUCAAUAUACCAAUGAAGCUCCAAUGAGCCAAUUACAUUUCCUUCAUCGUAUACUUUGUAAUGAGAAAUCAACAAUACGUCAAAUGUAUCAAUCUAUGGAAGCAGCAUCUGAAUUUGAAAAGUUGAUGGAUUUAUUAGCAGAUUAUAACUAUCGUGUAUCCUAUCAAUUGUUAACAACACCAUCAGAGAUUAAAUCUGUUAAAUCUUAUAUGGAUUCAAAGAAUGAGGAAAUCUCAUACAUUGGUUAUAUUCAAAAGAAUGGAAAGAAAGGUUUUGUAAAGAGAAUAUUGGUAGUUGGUAUCUAUAGAAUUGUAACAUUUAAAAUGAAUGGUAAAUUGGCAAGAGACGGCCAUAUAUUGGAUUUACAAGAGAUUGUAUCACAAAAUAAUCAACAAUAUGAAUUGAUUUUCAAGGGUCAUCGUAUUCAUGCAACCACUGAGGAAUGUGAUCAUACCAUCACAUGUAUUCGUCGUAUCUAUGAGUAUUGUCUUUACAAUUGGCCAUAUGCUUUGAAAAUGAAAUUAAAGAUUCAACCAUCAUCUCGUUUGGAGGCAAUGUCACCACCUGACCAUACGCCAACCUCGGCAAUGGUGGGUGCAUACAAAUGCCUUUGCUCCUACUAUUCCAUACCAAUUAAACAAACCAUAGCUUGGUAUAUCGAACAUGCAUUUAAAGAUCCAAAAUAUAAAGUAUUCAAUUUGAAAGUUUUCACUAAACAUACACGUGACCUACCAACCAAUCAAGAAUUGAUACCAUUAAUUCAUUCAUUACGUUACGAUUGGUUCUUUGAAGAAUUCAUCAUUAAAGAAUAUAAAUUGGAUAAUAAAGAUUUAUUAAAUGAAAUUGGCUCAAUGUUAUCAUCAAAUUCAACAAUCAAUAAAUUAAUUCUCUCAAAUUUAUCAUUACCAAAGGAAUUUAUGAUGACAUUAUUCGAUACGAUUCAGUCACAGAAAUCUUUGAAAUUGACUUUAUUAGAUAUUAGUAAUAAUCAAUUGGAUGAUAAAUCAUUAAAUUCUUUCUUUUCAUAUCUUCAAUAUGGUAAUACCAAUGGUUUGAUUCAUUUGAAUUGUCAAUCUAUUGGAAUUAAAGAAUCACAUAUUAAACCAUUCAUAGAUUCACUUAGAAGAGGUAAUUUAAAUUCUUUAACAAGUUUAAAUAUUUCAAAUAAUAAAAUCAAUGACCAAGCUAUGGAAUUAUCGAAAUGGUUAACUAAUGAAGGUAAAUCUUUGAAAAAUUUAGAUUUAUCUGAAACUUUAUUAAAAAUUAAAUUCUUUCAAUUUAAUGAUCAAUCAUCUUGUUUAGAGAAUUUAAAUUUAAAUAGAAAUUUAUUUCGUUCAAAAGAGGAUACACAAUCACUUUCAAACUGUUUAUCAAAUUUACCAAAUUUAUUAACCCUAUCAUUAAAUAAAACAAUGAUACCAUCAGAUUCAAUUAAAGAGAUUUUAUCAUUUUUGUGUGGUGCUAAUAAUAAUAAUAAUAAUAAAAAUGAAUUAUUUUCAAAUUUAAUAAUAUCAGAAAAUUCAAUUCAAAGACCAUUGAUUACAAAUAUGAUCUCAAUGAAUGCUUUUAAUUUAAUUAAGGAAAUCGAUUUUUCUGAUAAUGAUUUAACCGAUGGUGGUAUUAAAGAACUUUGUCGUUCAUUAUAUGGUAAUCAAAUAAUUACAAGUUUAAAUAUAAAUGGUUGUUUUAGAGGUAGUGCCGGUGCUCAAAGAAGUAAGGCAAUCUCUGCUUUGUCAUCUUUCAUUAAUUCAAGUUCAUCAUUGGAAACAUUGUUAAUGAGAGGUGGUCAAAAAUCAAAUCAACAAUUACAACGUUGUAUUGUACCUUUGUUAUUAUCAUUGGCUGCAAAUUUAAAUACUCGUUUAAAGAAAUUGGAUAUCUCAAAUCAUCAAUUCUCAAAUUUCGGUGCUAAUGCUCUAAGUAAAGCUAUCAUUUUAAAUAAAUCAAUCUCUACUCUAAUUUUAGAUAAUAAUUCAAUUGGUACAAUUGGUUAUGCAAAUUUAAAGAAUUCAUUAAAACAAAAUUAUACUAUCAAAGAAUUACCAAUUCCAUUAUUUGAUUUAACUGAAACUUUAAAAUAUGGUGGUACAUCUUUAAUUGAACAAAAGAAAUUACGUUCUUUAUUAUUUAAAAUUGAAUUAUAUUUAUCAAGAAAUCAAUCAUUAUAA